AUGUCUGUGGACCCCUCUCUGUUCUGCCCUCGUAUCCAGGGCCUGGUGAACUCCACAUUCAAGCCCAACGCCACCGCCGGCCUCACACCGCUGGGGAUCUUCACCAUCUCUCUCCACGGCCUGUUCUCCGUCCUGGGCAUCGUGCAGAACCUCCUCAUCCUCCUCGUGGUCGGCUUCCGCGUACGCCGCUCCGUCAUCAGCAUCUGGAUCCUCAACCUGGCAACCUCGGACCUGCUGGCCACCGCCUCGUUGCCCGUCUUCACGCUCUUUCUCGCUCGCGGGAAGACGUGGGAACUCGGCCGCACCUUCUGCCGCAUCCACUCAUCCGUUUUCUUCCUCAACAUGUUCGUGAGUGGGUUCCUGCUCGCCGCCAUCUCGCUCGAUCGCUGCCUAGUCGUGUUGAAACCGGUUCUGGCUCAAAACUACCGCAGCAAACGUCUCGUCCUGAGAGUCUGCGCAGUCAUCUGGCUCCUGGCCGCUCUUUGCACGACUCCUUUUUACAUUUUCCGUGACGCGAUACCGCAACGCAACGGGAACACGCAAUGUUACUACCACUACGCGCGCUUGCUCUCGCAUCCUUCCAAGAUGGCGGAGAUGUGCGAGUAUCGGGAGAAAGCGUUGGCAAUCUUCAAGUUGAUGUUCGCGUUCGUGAUUCCGUUGGCGGUUAUUGUGCUAAGCUACGUAGCGGUGAAUAUUAGCCUAGCGCAGAGAGGUUGUCGCCGCUCUUACCGCUUCGUGCGCCUGGUCGUGGCGGUGGUGGUGAGCUUCGUGGUCUGUUGGGCGCCGUACCAUGUUCUCAGCGUCCUGGAGGUGUCGAUGUCGCGGUUCCAUCCAACACAAGAGCUCGUGGCCAAAGCGUUACCGUCGGCGGCGACCGUGGGAUUUCUCAACAGCGUCCUGAACCCGGUGUUGUACGUGUUCAGCUGUCCGGACCUCAGCACCAAGAUCAGGCAUUCUCUCAGCGCCGUCAUGGAGACCGUUCUGGCCGAAGACUUAGCUGAGUUUGUGCGUCGAAGAAGCACAGCGAGGAGUUCCAUCAGCACCUGCGAGAUUGCGCUGAGGAAAAAGAAUCACAACAAGUCAGACACAGAGACGAGCGAGGCGCUUCCAUCGAACAGAAGUGAAUCUGGAGACGGUCAACUCUGA